GCCCUGCGGCUUUCAGACGGACAGUCAGUAUGCAGUGGGAGCCAUGUUGAUGCCUGGUUCUAUGUCAACCGCUGCUCUCUGGAUGGUUGAAGAACUGCGUCUUAAAGACAGGAAGUCUUCGCGGUAAUUCGGCACCGCGAUGAAAAGACAAGAGCGGCUUGGGGAGGCACAGGGAGCGCCGGAGGGGAGCUGCUCCUAGUUUGCCUGCUGUGCAGCUCGGUUCUUUUGUUGCAAGUGAGCCAAAAGUUGUCCAGAGUUGAGCUAUGGCAUCAACGCUACACCCAGUCUCUGGCAAGCGACCAAUGUGCUGGAGCAGCUAACGGGCUAGCAGCGUAACUUUCCUCUCGCCGUGUCACAGAAGCUACUUCCUCGCUACCCCACCUCUCGUACCUGAAGCAAGCUGGCGGCCCUUCGAGUAGAAGCUGAGGACAAGGAGCUGGGGCCGAUGGCCUGGGUGCUAAAGAUGGACGAUGCCACCAUUGAGUCCGGGCUGGUGCACGAUUUCGACGCCAGCCUGUCCGGCAUUGGGCAAGAGCUGGGUGCUGGAGCCUACAGCAUGAGUGAUGUGCUGGCUCUACCCAUUUUUAAACAAGAGGACUCCAGCCUUCCCCCUGAAAAUGAGACCAAAAACCCCCCAUUCCAGUAUGUGCUGUGUGCUGCCACAUCGCCUGCAGUCAAACUGCAUGAUGAGACGCUCACAUACCUAAACCAAGGCCAGUCUUACGAGGUGCGUAUGUUGGACAACAGGAAGCCUGGAGAGUUACCAGAGCUGAAUAACAAGAUGGUGAAGAGCAUAGUGCGAGUGGUUUUCCAUGACCGCCGAUUGCAGUACACAGAGCAUCAGCAACUGGAGGGUUGGAAGUGGAAUCGUCCUGGCGACCGUCUCCUUGACAUUGAUAUCCCCAUGUCAGUGGGUAUUGUGGAGCCUAAGACUCACCCCUCCCAGCUUAAUGCUGCGGAGUUCCUCUGGGACUUGAACAAAAGAGCCUCUGUUUUUGUGCAGGUACACUGUAUCAGCACAGAGUUCACUCCCAGGAAACACGGGGGAGAGAAAGGUGUUUCCUUCAGGAUCCAAAUUGACACCUUCUCCCAAGGAGACAGUGGGGAGUACACAGAGCACCUCCACUCAGCCUCCUGCCAAAUCAAAGUUUUUAAGCCAAAAGGGGCAGACCGUAAGCAAAAGACAGACAGAGAGAAGAUGGAAAAACGCACCCCUCAAGAGAAAGAAAAAUAUCAGCCCUCUUAUGAUACCACCAUCCUUUCAGAGACGAGGCUUGAGCCCAUCAUAGAGGAUGCAGGUGACCACGAGCUGAAAAAGUCCAGCAAGAGGACACUGCCUGCUGAUUGUGGUGACUCCUUGGCCAAGAGAGGCAGUUGCUCCCCAUGGCCAGACAAUGCCUAUGUUAGCACAAAUCAGGCAGCUACUCCCUCUUUCACCUCCAACUCGCUAUCCAGCUACACAACCUCCUCAGUGCCGGACAGUGGCUCAUCCUCCCCAAAUCACCAGGCAGAAUAUGGCAGCCAUGGCAACACGGAGCAGUUGAGUCCCACAGCCUCCAUUCAGGAUGCCCAGAAAUGGCUGCUGAAAAAUCGCUUCAGCUCGUAUGCUCGGAUGUUCACUCACUUCUCAGGUUCUGAUUUGCUAAAGCUCAGCCGUGACGACCUGGUUCAAAUUUGUGGUCCUGCUGAUGGAAUCAGGCUUUUCAAUGCACUCAAAUCCAGAUCAGUGGGGCCAAGACUGACAGUGUACGUCUGUCGGGAUGCUGCCUGCGAGAGCCCCCUACUGGAGAGAAGAAACACCAGUGAGAAUGGAGAACACAGCAUCUCCUCCAGUUUACGUGUAUACCAUGCUCUUUACCUAGAGGAUCUAACAGCAGCAGAACUCAUCCGUAAGAUGGCGUCUGUGUGCAGCCUUCCUCCUGAAAGGAUCAACCAGGUGUACCGACAAGGUCCUACAGGCAUACACAUCCUGCUCAGUGACCAGAUGGUUUACAACUUGCCUGAUGAGAGCAGUUUUUUAAUCAAUACAGUCAAAGAUGAAGCGGGUGAAGGACUACAUCUAAUCCUGAAGUAGUGAGACAGGCAGAUGGCAUCACUAAUUCUCCACCCUCUAUUUUGGAGCAAAAUCCUCCCACUGUCCUCUGUCAUCCUUUUUGUUUUUGCCUCCUCCCUCUCUCCCUCCAAAUGAUUGCUAGAUGAAAAGCAAGAGACUAUUUUAAGCCAUGUAAAUGUUAGAAUCUGACAUGGGUGUGUCCAUUGUUUCAUAUUGAAAACACUAUUACGAAGGGAGCUCAGUUAAGAGAGGGGAGACUGGAGAGGUACGCAUUGGGGGUGGGUGUGGGGGACUAAUGUGUUAUGUACUUUGAUUUUAUUAUUUUGUUUGCCUUUUUAUACGGUUCCGUAAGAAGGGAUUGAGGGAGGUGCUCCAGGAAAGAGGGAAGAGUGUUCUGGCCUGCGGCUGCAGAAGAAUAAGCAGAAUGUCCUUGUUGCUCGAUGCCCUUCCUGCACAAUGUGCACAACCAGCACUAGGCCAGUAUUUGAUAACCUGUAAUGCUGAGCAGCAUGCAAUCUCCACAUACUAACCUGCUUAAAGAAGAAUCCCACCUGAAUCUUCUUGUUGAACAUUCUUAAGGGGGGGUUGUCUUAUAAAAUUAAAAACACAGUUAAUCCUUUAAGCCUUGUAAUGCCUGAAGUAACAAGGCCUGCUCUAAAUUAAAUUUGUAGAAGUGGUUUCAUUUCUAGAUGUUUAAGUAGGUUUUUUUUUUUCUUUUUUCUGUUUGUGAGAUGGACUGUUCUCGUGUAUUUUGUCAUAGUCAUCUUGUGUGAGCUUGACUUGUCUACAAACAAAAGGUCCUCGUCAUGUGCUUAGACUUUAGUUGCGCCUCAGUUAUUGUUGAGCUGCUUCUGUUUCUCAUUGAUGUUAGUAAUUUCUGGCGUCGUGUUGACUUUUAGCUAGUCGGCAUCCUAUACUCGGUCUCAAAAAUGCACAGAGCAUGUGCGCUUGUCUAUUUUCUGUGGUAAAACAAUGAAAGCUGGUAUAAACCUUCAACCAUGCUCACACCCCCCCCCCCCCCCCCCCAAACUGGGGCCAUGUUUGUGCAGUAAGAGAUAUAUGAACCGCCUAUCCAAAAACCUAUGUGGACCAAAUUUUUACUUAAGCAUGUUUUAUUCUGAAAGGCCUCAUUGUCUGCACAUCUUGGUCACCAGAAGCAUUUGGAUUGUUGGUCAGAUGGUGAAUUAAAUCAACUUCUUUCUCCAUGUGGAGUCACAAGUACAGUGCAAUGUAAUGAACCCUUCAUUCUGGGAACUGAAAGAAAUUACCCAUUACACUGCAGUCUGGUAGAAACGCACUAGCACAGGACCCCGGUUUAAUCUGUCUUUUCCUGCAGUCUACAGCAUUGUGGCAGUGCCACAGCCUCCUCCAGGUUUUUGUGAUUGAACACAGGAAGUACAUGAGAUUGCUGUGUGCAGGUGUCCUUUUUGAGAAGUGACUGAGAACCUCCAGCAGUUUCCCUGGGAGUUGCUGUUCUGUUAAAUCCAUUCAUUUUGGGACAGUGUCUGAAAUGUUGAAUCUCAUACAAUGUGUGUGUGCAUUGCACGCCUGAUUGUGUGCGUGUUUUUUUUUUUCUUUUCUUUUUUAAGAUUUAAUUAUGUUAAUUAUGGUGUGCUCAAACUGUUUAGCUUGCUGUUUUAUGUGGAAGCUGUGGAUGGGAGAAGGAGAAUUUGAAUACUGGUGCCCCCCCCCCCCCGCACUGAAAAAAAAAAUGGAUUUUGACAAGUCAGCAGUCAUACAACCACAAAUAUUGACUACAGAGUAUUUGUGUUUUUAGUUUCACCACAUGUUGGAGCUGCGGCCGGAACUCUUGACGUUUACAAUGACAGUACCACAGUACAUCAAACUGUUGACUCAUAGUGGGUAUAGAGCUGAUUUGCUACCAAGUUGGGCCUACUUUUGUAAGCAUUAACACACACACACCCUCCCCAUUUGUUUGUGUAAAUGAGUGUGUGAGCAGGAGACGUGACCACUGUUUAUGUACAGCCUAAUGUCAGAUGAUGCUUCUCAUGUGCAGUCUCGUAUGCUGGAUAUGUACACAACCAUGUGCUGGGAAUAAAGGAUUUCAUAACUUUA